AUGAUCCAGAUAUACCAAUUGAUAAGUGAAGAAGUAUUUGGUACUUUAAGUGGUCUUAUUUCUAAUCCAAUCAAUGCAUCAUUAAUAACAAAAGAAAUUAUUAAAUAUAUUAUUAAUCAAUUAAAACAUUGUUCUAGUGAUCAUACAGCAUAUUAUAUGAUUGACAUUAUAUCUAAAAGAAUUGGGUUUUAUUUGGAUAUGGAAUUGGUCAAAGAAUUUAUGCAACUUUAUUCAUUACUUCCACUAACACAAUCAUCACAAUUAACACAAUCACUUGUUCAUACUUUAUCAAAGAAAAAUAUUCCAAGAAUUUAUUAUUCAUUUACAGGAUUUGGUACUUCAAUUAAUUGUGUUCUUUCAAUUAAUGAGUGGCCAAAAGAAAGUUCAAUUUAUCAUACAACAUUUAGACCAACUAAAUUUGUUGAAGGAAAUACACCAUUAAUAUUUUCUUUUUCUACUAAUUCAUAUGAAAUAUCACUUUGUAUUAAUACACAAAAUCAUCAUUUAAUAUUAAAAACAGAUUGUUUAAUGUCAUCAGGGUAUGAAAAGAAAAUGAUAAUGAAUAAUAGAAUGAGUAUGACUAGAAUUUAUGAUACUCAAAUUCCUAUUAUGUUAAAUGAAUGGUAUUCAAUUUAUUUAUUACAUAAAAAUGAUGGUUCAUUUCAAAUUCAAUGUAAUGGACAUAUUUUAUCAAAUUUAACUGUUUCUUAUCCUAAUUUUUUAUCAAGUAAUAUUGUUUUACUUCAAAUUGGUGGUGAUUGUGAUAAACCAGGUUUUUGUUUUGUAGGGGAUAUUACUGGAUUUCAAUGGUAUUAUAACUAUGAAUCAAUUGAGUUAGCACAAAAAUUUUUAACAAAUAAUAUAAUAUUAAGAAAUGAUAAAAAUACAUUUCUUGCAGUACAAAUAUCACCAUUAAAAUCAAUGAUUAUCGGAGAUAAACCAUUUUAUAAAAUUGUUACAACAGUUAAAAAUCAAUCAAAUAAAACUAAUAUUGUUAAUGUUUGUUCAAGUAAAAUUAAUUCAUCAUUUUCACCUAUUUAUUGUGGAUCAUUAUUUAGAAUUGAUGAUAUAAUUUUAAGAAUUGGUGGUAUUAUUCCAUUUUGUUCAUUACUUCAUUUUGGAUUUAGUUAUGAAAAAUUUAAUACUUCAAAUAUUCCUUCUAUUUUACAAUUACUAUCAGCAAUAUUUAAACGGAAUGAAAUAUUAAGAAGUCAAUGUGAAGAAAUUAAUUUCUAUAAUAUUAUUCUACAAUUUUUAUUAUCAAAUGUUAAUAAAGGAGAUAUUGGAUGUGCAGUUGAUUAUCUUUCUAUUUGUGUUAAAUUAUUUACAUCUUCAUCUGUUUCAAUUACUAUGAAAAAAAAUAUAGUUAGAUAUAUUUUUGAUAUUGGAUAUUGGAUUGGAAAGAACAAAGGGGUUAAUUAUCCUUAUAUUUUAAGAAAAUUAAUUCCACCAACUACAUUUGUUACAUUAGAUUUAUUUAAAUAUAUAACUUAUGAACAAUUAAUAAUGUAUAUAAUUGCUGAUGAAGAAAAAAUGGAUAUAAUGCCAAUUGAUCAAUGGCUUAUUAUUAAAUAUGAAUUUAUACAAUAUUGUACUGAUAUUAUUAUUCGUUGUAAUAUUACUAAAUAUGUUGAAAAUAUUAUUUUUGUAUUAACUACUACAAAAAGUAGUUCAAUUAUUAUUUUAUUAUUAUAUUCAAUAGUAUGUAUUAUUUGUACUACAAAUGAACCACCAGAAUUAUUAAAACACUGUGCAUCUAUUUUUAUUACAAUACUCAAUACUAAUAAUCCACAUAUUUUUUGUAAUACAUUAAAAAUAUUAUAUUUGUUACUUGGAGAAACAACUGAAAUAUUAAAUAUAGUAAAAGAACGUUUUGAAAGAAUUGAUAUGAUAAAAGAAGUAUAUGAUACGGUAAUUCAAUGUUGUAGUGAAACAAUUACUUAUAAAUUAGAUAAUCCAAUGAGAUUAGAACAAAUUAAAUCAAUUAAAAAUCCAACUAUUCUUAUUAAUUUUAUUAAUAUCACAUUUUUAAGAAUUAUAGAAAGUACAUCGGAAGAAGAAUUAACAACAAUAAUAUUAAAAGAUUAUUCACAAUGUAAAAGAAAUCAUUCAAUUUUUUCAAUUAUUUCAAUAAAUGAAGAGUGGGAAAGUACUUUUUAUUUAUUAUUAGAUUUUCUUCAUAAAAAGAAAGAUGAAGAAAAUAUGAAACGAUUAAUGAAAAUAAUAUCAAAUAUCAUUUUAGAAUCAGUUCAUCAAUGUCAAACUUCUUUCCUUACAAAUUCAAUAAUGAAAUUACUUAAUCUUUUUAAAAAUUGGAAGGAUUUAUAUGAAAUAUUAUUUGAAUUUUUUAAAAUAUUUCUUACAACACAACCAUUUAUUUGUGAAUAUCAAAAUGUAUUAAUUAUUGAAUGUGGAACAUUUUUAUCAUUUAUAACUUGUGGAAUGUUUAACUACGGAAGAAAUAAAUCAACAUUUCAUUUUGAUGAACAAUUUAGUCUUAUUUCUGAAUUUAUUAAUCAAAUUGAUGUUGCUGAUUAUUUAAAACAAAUGAAUUAUUCUUAUUCAUAUUUUGAAGAGUUAUAUCCAAUUUAUUAUUAUUUUAAUAUCAAUCUUAUUAUUUCUCAAUUAUGGGGAUUGGCAUAUAAAAAAUGUAAUGAUAUUUCAUUGUAUUUGAAAUUAUUUGAAAUGUUAUGUGUUAUUUUUCCUUGUUAUCCACUCAAAAGAAAUCAUACAUGUUAUUUUAAUUGGUUUUUAUAUACAACAACUCUUUUAUUUAAACAAUUAGAAUUAAAUCAAGAAGAUAUUAAAAAAUUAGAAAAUUAUCAAUUAAAUUGUAUUUAUUCAAUCCAACAAUAUAAUAACCAAUUAUAUAAUAAUAUUUUAAUUAAAAGAAAACAAAUAAUAGAAACUACGUCAUAUAUUGAUUUAUCAAUGAAAGACUCUAUUGCAGAGUUUUAUGAUAGUUUAAUGGAAGCAUAUCAUUCAAUUCAAACAACUAUUCGAGUAGAACAAAUUGUUUUUAAUGAUUAUAAUGUUGCACCAUUAGUAAGACAUAAAUCUAUUGGAAUUACUAAAAUACUUCCAAAACUUAAUGAUCGAAUUUUAUUUAAUACAACAAAAUAUAAAAAUGACAUUAUUGCAUUUAGAGAAAAAGAAUUAAUACGAUUUACAUCUAUUGAACAAAAAUUUAUAAACAAUUCAUUUCAUCAAAAUGAAGAUAAUGUUUCUUUUGAUUUAAAAGGUUUUAAUAUUCCAUCAAAACCUAUUUUUAAUGUAAAAAAGUAUCAUAGUAGAAAUGUAUUAAGUAUUCAAGAAAGAUUUAUUAUUGAUCAAGAUUCUUUUCAUGAUAUUCAAGUACCAUUUGAUGCAGAAAUAAUAACACCUUGUUUAUUAAUUUGUAUUGAACAAUAUUAUUGUGGAGUGUUUUUCAUAAAAGAUAAUAGUAUUCAUAUUAAAAUAAAAACACAUUGGUAUGAAAGACCAUUUUCAAAAAUAAUACGAAUUGUUCAAAGACAUUUUAAAGAUAGUGAUAAUGCUAUUGAAAUAUUUUCUUUAAAUAAAAAACCAUUAUUUAUUAUGUUUUUUGAUCAACAAGAUUAUCAAACAAUAUUUACAAAAUUAACAUCAUUACAAUUAGAAAUAAAAGGAAAAUUUUCAGUAAUACCAAAUCUAUCAAAAUUAUUUCUUUAUUGUUCAUAUACCAAAGAUUGGGUUGAAGGAAAAAUAACAACAUAUGAAUAUUUAUGUCAACUUAAUUAUUAUUCUGGAAGAUCACUUAUAGAUAUUUCUCAAUAUUAUAUUUUUCCAUGGAUUACAACAACAUUUGAUAAACCAUUUAAUCAAAUAUACAAUAAUACAAUGUAUAUAAGAAAUUUUUCACAUAGUAGAUGUUAUUUACAACAAGGAUAUUUUAAUAAGAAUGGUUUUAAAUUUGGUCCAUUACCUGCUACUGCAAUACCAUUAUAUUUAAAUCAAUUAGAACCCUAUACAACAUUGUAUUCUCUUUUUGAAUCUCAUUUUCAUUGCUCAAAAAAUAUAUUUAGUGAAACGUUAAUUUCAAAUUUUAAUUAUUCUUCUAUACCUUAUCAAAAAUUACAAAAUAUAACUCAAAUUAAUGCAUUUGAAUUUCCUUAUGAAUCUAUUCCACAAUUUUACUCUUGUUAUUGGUUAUUUACACCAAAUGAACAUGACUUUACUCGUAUUAGUUUUCCUAAAGUAUUUGCAAAUAAUUCAAAACAAUUUAUUUUAUAUCAUAGAAUGUUAUUAGAAUCACCAAGAGUAUCUGAAGAAAUACAUAAAUGGUUUGAAAUGAUUUUUGGAAAGAAAAUGAAUGAAAAAAUUAUUCCAGAAAAUUGUAAAAAGAAUUUUCAAUCAAAAUUUAAACAAUUAAUUGGUCAACAACCACAACUCUUAUUUAAAACUCAUCCAAAAAGAAAAAAAUCAUUUGAUUAUAGUGAACUUAUUAAAGCUAUGAAUAAUGAACAAAAUAAUUUAUCAAUUGAUAUAUUUAAAGAGUUAAAUCAACUUGAAACAAAAUUUGAAUUACUUCAAAUGAUGGAUAAUUAUAUUAUUAUUAAGAAAUAUGAUGAAGUGUUUAUAUUAAAUUUUGGACUAAAAAAAAUAAAAAAAGUUAAUUGGAAUGGAAUACAAAAUAAAGAAAUUAAUAUAUUGAUGUUUUAUGAUGGAGAUGAAACAAUUGGAACUAUUUAUUAUUGUAUUGGAUAUUCAACCAUUACUAUUAUUUAUAAAAACCAACAAAAAGAUAUUACAACUUUGACUGGAAGUAUUACUUCUAUUACAUUAAAAGAAGUUAAUAAAUUUUGUAUAUUUGAAUUAGAAAUUGGAACUUAUUGUGGAGAGUUAGAAUGUUAUAAAAUUAUAAUAGAUAAAGAAAUUCAUGAAAUUCAAAUUUUAUUCUAUAAUAAAAUUAUUAUUUCUUCAAAUCCUUUAACUAAUAUUAUAUCAUUACCACUUCUUGGUUAUAGUAUUAUUCAAUCAAAAGACUUAUUUAUAUAUUCUAUUUUAAAUGAAAAAAUAAUGUCUAAAAUACAUUGCAAACAAGAACCUCUCUUUGUUUGUGCUUCUUCAAAUGGAAAUAUUUAUUAUACUCAAACUUUACAAUCUUCAAUUGAAAUACAUUGUAUUGAUAUAAAUGGAUAUGAAACAGGAAUAAUAUUAUUAGAUGAUAAUAUUAUUUCUUUGAAUUGUAUUUGUUGUACUUUUGUUGAUUUUAUUCUUGUUAGUCUGAAAACAAAAGUUUUAAUUUAUUUUAACAAUUAUUAUAUUCCUCUGCUCAUUCAUACAUUAGACUUUAAUACAUUACUUGAAAAUUUUACUAUUAAAAAUGUAAUUGUACAACCUUCUUCAUUAACAACUUCUAUCAAAGAGAAUUGGAUUUUUAUUGUUCAAGGUCAAGAAAAAGAUCAUCAAAUUUUACGCUCAUUUGUUUUGAAUGAUGUAAAACUUAUUUCACUUUAA